AAAUUGUUUAAAUCUGUAGAUUGUGUCCCCUCGACGUUCAAGUUUCUCAGCCGUAUUAUUAAGUUCAACUCAUUUAAGAAAUUGAUGUUCAAGGAUUCAAGCAUGAAGAAGCUCAUUCUGUUGGUGGGAUUUGCACUGUUUUUUCAGGUUGUGAAAGGCGCGAACCACUCUAGUCUUGUGGGACCUAUUGGCAAAGUCACUUGUCACAACAAUCACACGGUCGAUAUAGCCAUCACCAACGUAGAUGAUCUUGCGAGGUGGACUGAAACUGAGUGGCGAUUACAAAACAAUGCCUCGUGCCAGCCAACAUUUCAGAACAAUAGGACGGUAAACUACGAUGGUCUUCCCCUACCGGACUGUGCUUUUUCUUCACAACAGCUUCCUAACAGCGUCAAAUACAUCCUUAAAAUCAGCGCAAAAAAGGGUGACCCUGGUGGUACAGGCCAGCUGUACGAGUAUGAUCACCUGUACUAUGUGUCGUGUGAAUAUGGCAAUCAGAACAAGACAGUGGCAAGCUUUGUGCCGGUCAAGAACCGUCAAGACAACGACUCAAGCAGUGCAUUCUUCACCUUUAAACUUGAAGCUUUCUAUUACUCUAAUUUUACUGGUGAGGUCCCUAGCCCAGUUGAGCUGGGCAAGACUUUGUAUUUCAAGGCGACGGUACAGACUAUAAGUGCUGCACCUAACCUUGAUCUUUUUCCUGUGCACUGUUGGUCAUCAAAGAGCGCCGAACCAAACUCAGGCGAAGGAAACAUAACUCUGAUAAAAAACGGCUGCGGUAACAAGGCUGUGAGUGAAGACAUGUCCGAAUCCUUGUCAUAUACUUGCGCAGAUGACAGUGUAGCCGAGAAAUUCUCCAUCCGGACAUUCAGGUACUAUGGUGCUGAGGAAGGCGAUGCAGUUUACUUCCAUUGUGAUCUCAGAGUUUGCCUGGCAGAUGUCGAUAAUUCAACGUGUCAGUGCCCUUCUGUUUCUGACUGUAACCCUAACGCGAGAAAAAGGCGUUCACUUGCUGAUGAAGUCGAUCAAACUAAGGUGUACCACACGUCAACAGGUCCUUUUAUUUUUAAGAACGACGAGGAAGAAGAGGAAGAAGAAGAAGGUGGUGAACCCCAGUCCUUUCCGACCAAUUUAGCGGUAACUGUGACGGUCAGCGGUGUUGCUGCCUUAGCCAUUCUCUGUGCAACCGCUUACCUUGUUGUGCGCAGCUGCAGCAAGCGCAGGCAACAUGGAGAUUUGAACGUGGCUACCUAAACUCCAGAUUCCGGGGGUGGGGCCUACCAUAUGACAAGGUCGGGGAUGCUCGCCGUCUCGCUUAGGGAUAUAAA